AUGGGGGAUGACGAGGAGCUGCAGAGGGCUCCGCAGGCUGUAGCGGUCCCGUCUAGUCAAUUGGAUUCGGCCGUCCUGCAUGGAUCGGCUCGCCGCCGGAGGCGAGGACGUCAGCCUGCCUGUCAGGUCUCUCUCACCUCCGUGAAGCCAUUAGCCGAGCCAACCCGGCUGCCAUCUGCUGCCGAGCCCCUGUCCCAGUCGGUAGACUCCAUUGCUCCUGCUGCUACUUCCUGCCCAGUUCCUUGCUCUGUAGUCCGGAACCAGCAGACCAACGGAGCCAAGCUCUCCACAGCUCCCCCUUGUGACGCCCCCAGCUCAGAGUACAGAAGACUGGAGGACAAAAUAAGAACUUUUGCCCCUACAAUCAAGCGUCUGAGGGAGACUCUAUUUUCUCAGUACUCUGAAGAGCUGGAGAGAAAAUUAAAGGAGUUGGAGGACAAGUGUAGAUCAGCUCUCAGGGCAUUCUACAGCCGUUCUGCUCCUGUCACCGAGUGUCCGGCCGACGCCUCACCUUCUGCUCCUGUAACAGAGUGUCCGGCCGACGCCUUGCCUUCCACUUCUGUCACCGAGUGUCCGGCCGACGCCUUGCCUUCCACUUCUGUCACCGAGUGUCCGGCCGACGCCUCGCCUUCCGCUCCUGUCACCGAGUGUCCGGCCGACGCCUCGCCUUCCGCUCCUGUCACCGAGUGUCCGGCCGACGCCUCGCCUCCUGAUUCGGUCACCGAGGGUCUGGCCGACGCCUCACCUCCUGAUUCGGUCACUAAGGGUCCAGCGGACGCCUCAGUCCCAGAGCAAGUUUGUGAAGGUGCACAUGCCCCAGUCUGGGACGAUGUUACAAUGGCCGCACCACAUGUUGAGGAGUCUCACCUUUGGGACUUCUUCUAUGGGGACAGGGAGAACCUGUUCUCGAUAAGGGCUGUUCCGGCCCAUGGAGGGGCUGCGCACAUUGCGGCCACUGAAGGCUUCCCUGCUUUGCCAUCGCAGGAGGACCCGCCUGCGCCCAUGCCUCAAGAGGAGGAGGUCCAGGAGGACCCGUCGCCGACUUGCGACGCGACGACCCAGGAGGGUCCGUCGUCGACCUGUGAGGUGGGAACCCAGGUGGACGCUUCCUCCUUCGAGCGCCCCGGUCCUCGGGAGAGGGCUCAGCACCCAAGAUCUCCUGGAGACUUUGCCCCCCUUGGUGUUCUUCUGAAGCCUCAGCCCCUGGUCGCCCUGCCCGGCGCCCCCCUGCAGACCCAACCUUUCCCCAGAGCCGGGUCCCAACGGACUCGCCCCUGGGCGCCGCUUCCGAGCCAGCGCUGCCCGGUGCGCCUCAUCAAGCUGGCGCAGUCCAGCACGCCCCCACAUAUUUCUCCUGGCCGUCGCCUAAAGAGAACAGAGGUUGACGUCAGACAUGAGGCAGUGUCUCGUCCUGAGGAGACUCCAAAGGCAGAAUCUGGAGACAACAAAAGCAGAAAGGAUGAAACUUUACACAAGACAACAGACACAAACGACUCAGCAGAAGUCAUCAACCUCCAAGGAAAGCAAAACCUUGAGGAAGAAGGACAAAAACAACAGACCAAUCUUGAAAGCCUUUUGGAAGAUCUGGGGUUGAAGGAGCAGUACCACAGAGAGAAGCUAUCGCUCAGCAAAAUACUUCAGAUCGAUGAGAAGACAAUGACUGAUGACCCUGGUACUUGUAAAGCAAAUGCUUCAUUGUGUUUUCUUAAGAAAUUGAUGAUGGUUAAUGUGACUGCUAGGACUGUGAAUCCUCCGGCUGAUUCAAACUGUUUUGAUGCUUCAGAGACCACAGAUUACAAUUUUGAUGAUCUUUCUGACAGUCCAAAUGAUGCUGAAGUCUUUAAUCCUCUUGAUAUAAUCACUGCUCUCUUUCUGUGCUCUGAUGGGUUUGUUCAGCAAGAGUUAGCACUAAAAAUGUCCAUGUGUCAGUUCUCUGUUCCUCUGCUGCUUCCUAACUGUGAUACUAAACAGUGCACCCUCAUGCUGUGGGCCAUGAGAGACAUUGUUAAGAAGUACAGACCUCCAGAUCUUUCAGAAUCAAAGGGCUUCAAAGAAGAAAGAAUCGUUCUUUCUGAGCUUCCAAUGAUCUCAUUUGUGAGACUGGGUGAGUGCUCCUUGUCCAAAUCAGAGAUUCUCAACAAACUUCUGAGUAACCCUCAGCAGUACUAUGACACCUUUGUUCACCACAACAUGGAGUGUGGAGACAGUCCAAGAAAAAUAUCUGAUGGACUGAUUGAAAUUACCUGGUACCUUCCCUGUGGAAACAAAAACAUGGACAUUUUCAGUGAGCCAGUUGCUAUAGCUAACCUUCGUGGUGACAUUGCUGCACAUGAAACACAAUUCUCCUUUUUGUGUCAGACAUCUGCAGCAGUUUUUGUGUUCUUUGAUCAGCUGGAGCCUGAGUGUAAACUGCUGACCAACAAAAACCACAAAGCAAAGAUCUUCUUGGUAGGAAACCAAAAGAGCAAGAGCUUUAAUCUAGAUGUUCUAAAGAAAAUAGCAGACAAGCUGAACUUAAAGAAGAACAUCAUUAUAAAAACGAAACAGACCAAUGAUGCAGACUUUGUGAAACGUUUGAGGACAACUGUGAGCAGUGUACUUACCAACCCAGUGACGAAGAUGUCAAUAGAGCAGAUGACUGACAUUGCACAUAAACUGGGAAUUUCUGUCGAUGAAGAUUCACCAGAGUGCCAGGCUGGGAGGAAAAAUGCAGAUGCCAUCACUGCAGAGAUUGAAGACAUCUUUAAAUUUAAAGAAAAACAGUUUCCUUUGCAAGGCCAGAUCUGGAAGGAACUGACUUUUUUGGAAAAGGAAGAAUUUCGUCUUCGAAAAGUUGGCUCUGAAGACAUAGAAAACUAUAAAAGUAAUCUUAAAAUGAAAAAACAAGAGCUGCGUAGGAAACAGAACUCCCAUGCUAUGUCAAAUUUCAUGAGCUGCUUCAUUAGUGCAAUAUCCAGCAAAGAAAGGGGUUAUUUUCUGAAAUGGAUGCGAAUGAACCUCGACAACUUGUCUAGAAUAAAACUUUCCAGCCUCAGGGAGCUUUACAAGGAAAAAUGCAAGGACUCUGAGAACAAAAAUGAAAUCAAAGAAAUUGACCAACAACUUUCUAGCAGCUCACUGGGAAUUGAGCACUUUUUCCGUGAAAUGGGUCAGAUCUACGAAGCUUCUCUUUACCUUCCAAAAAGAGACCCUUCACGUCAACAACUGCAACAUCUGCCCAAACUCUGUGCUCAGUUGCUGCUGGAUGGAUUUCCUCUGGAGCUUGUAGAUGGAGAUGCUUCCAACAUACCUCUCAGAUGGGUGAAUGACGUUCUCUCUCAGCUCAGUGACUUGGUGUCUCCAAAGAACAAGAUACUGGUUGUCACAGUUCUUGGAGUUCAGAGCACAGGAAAAUCCACUCUCCUUAACACCAUGUUUGGGGUGCAGUUUGCAGUCAGCAGUGGUCGAUGCACUCGAGGAGCCUUCAUGCUGCUCAUCAAAGUCAGUGAAGACUUCAAAAAAGAUCUGAACUGUGACUUUGUGGUGAUCAUUGACACUGAAGGCUUAAAGUCACCAGAGCUGGCACAGCUGGAUAACAGCCAUGAACAUGACAAUGAGCUGGCAACACUGGUUGUUGGGCUGAGUGACGUCACCAUUAUCAAUAUUGCAAUGGAGAAUUCAACAGAAAUGAAAGACAUCCUGCAGAUAGUGGUGCAUGCUUUCCUCAGGAUGAAGGAGGUCGGCAAAAAGCCUAAAUGUCAAUUUGUUCACCAGAACGUUUCUGACGUUUCAGCCCAUGAGAAGAACCUACGAGACAGGAAGCUGCUCCUAGAACAGCUGAAUGAGAUGACCCAGGCAGCAGCUAAAAUGGAAAAGAAAGAGGAGAACAAGAACUUCACUGAUGUGAUGGAGUACAAUCCAGAUACUGGGAACUGCUACAUUCCUGGACUCUGGAAUGGAAACCCACCAAUGGCACCAGUCAAUGUGGGAUACAGUGAGACCGUCUAUGAGCUCAAGAAAAACAUCAUCCAGCUGUUGGGAAAGUGUCAGUCAACUUCUAACAACAUCUUGGAGUUCAGAGAGUGGAUAAACAGCCUGUGGACUGCAGUAAAACAUGAAAACUUCAUCUUCAGCUUCAGAAACAGCCUGGUAGCCGAUGCAUACAUGAGGCUCUGCACAGAGUACAACAAAUGGGAGUGGGAGUUCAAAAAAGAAAUGUACACCUGGGUUACAAAUGCAGAGACAAGAAUUUCUAAUUUUGGGACAGUUGCUGCAAAAUAUAAAAUAUCUAACCUGAAAGAAUACAUCACUGAGUUGAAAAGUGAAGCAACCACAGAGCUGACCAAGUGGGAGACAAUGAUGCUUGACAACCUGAAAAAAUACUUUGAGCACCCAGAAUGUCGUGUUUAUCUGGCUGAAGCAUACAGAGAGGAUUUCUCAAACAGCAUAAAAAGUCUGAGACAACAAACUAAAAGAUCAGUGUUUGACCAGCUCACAGCAGCAGCUGACAUCAAACAGGGACUGGAAGAACUCGACAAAAUCAGAGACACUUAUAUACAAAAAAUCGAAAAAGCAGUUUGUGCUUUGAUUGAUGAAUGCCGUAAGAAACGAGUAAAAAUGACAGACAAACAGCUUGAUAAAAGUUUUGAUAAGAUGUGGGCUGAAACACUGAACACCUUGUCUUUCUCUGCACAGCAGACUUCAAAUAUCUUCACCAGUGUUUCCCAUCAUUUGCUAACAAAUAUUUCACUCAAAGGAAGCCAUGCAUCUGAACUGCUGAGUAAAAGAAGCCUCCAGGACUGUGGACUGGAGCCUUUUCAAUACAAACCCAAAGGAAAUAUAGACAAAUUUAGACAAAAAAUAAAGGGAAUUUUUCUCUGGUCAGGUCUAUUUAAGGCAAAACAACAAAUCGCUGACAGCAUCAUAUCUGCUUGUAAUGAUUGUGUCAAUGAUAAAAUCAUGAGAAAAACCAACUAUCAUGAUACUUACAUCCAGGAGAUCCUUCACAUCAUUGAUGAGAGGCUGAACAAGACUGAUGUUGACACGGAGAUUGAGUUUGAAGUGUCUCUGAAACAGCACAUCUGUGGCUCUGCAGCCAGGGAGUUUCAGAAAAUGCAUGAAGAUUUUAUACAAGAAAAUGAUCCUUACAGACGUCUGCAGAAGAACAAAGACAAGUUUUGUGCAGAUUUCAAAGAUGUGUUGAAUGAGCGAGACCAAUGCCUGAAGAAAGCUGAAGAAUUAACCAACCAGUUUCUGGAACCUGUUGUGGAGCACUUUGUCUAUCGUUCUCUUGGUCUUGAUAUUGUUGAUAAAAUGCUGACAAGAGAGGAGUUCAGCACACGGAUGUCCUUCCAGUAUUAUAUUUUACUGGAUCUGAUUUCAAAAAGUGACUUCCAAAGCUUUCAGAGAUAUAUUCUGUCAUAUGAAGAUUAUGUAAAAUCAUGGAUAUCUGAUAGAAUCAAGGCGAUUUUCUCCUCUGAGUCAGCAUUAUGUGAGUUUGAGGACAGACAUCUUCAGUCCUGCAUUGACCGCAUAAAUGCUGCCAUUAAAAUUGCAAAAGCAGAAAAGACUGACAGUCUGAAGACAUUUGUAAAAUAUAUCUGCAAUGAUCUCAGUGAUAAACUGGUAAUUUCCCGAUAUGCUCCUGAUUCCUUCAUAGUUCUGAACAAAGCUGACCAGGACCAGUUUGCUUACUGGCUCAAAGAGUGUGUGAUGGAAAUGGCAGAAGGUCUUAGAGAACAGUUUAGAGACACCAGAUUUGAAACAAAACUGACACAUCUCCGUGUUAAACCACAGAAUGAGCUGUUCUACAGAGUUAUUGGUUGUGGUAAACAGUGUCCAUUCUGCAAAGUACCAUGUGAUGCAGGUGGAGAAGCCCACACUGUACACUUUUCUGCCCUGCAUCGACCAGAGGGUUUAAGUAGAAACAGGCGGGAUGACUCAGGAAAACUCAUUACUGACGUCUGCUCUUCUCUUGUUGUCAGUGGCAGACAUUUGAAAUGCAGUGCUACAAACAGUGAACGGCAUCCUUACAAAUUUAGGAUAAUUUAUCUAGACUGGGAUUUUCAACCAGAUGUUAGCCUUGAGGCGUCAGCUUAUUGGAAAUACGUGAUGAACAAGUACAACAAGGAAUUUGCUGAAACAUAUGAUGCUCUGCCUGCUGACAUUCCUGAUUCCUGGGAGAAAAUCACAGAAGAACAGGCAAAGGAAAGUCUCAAGAAGUCAUUUGACAUCAAGUGAAAUCACAAGUAAAGAAAAUUUUUACAAAAUAAAAUACUAAACUGAACCUUACUGUACUGAAAUGGGUGUAUGUAGGUUUUAAUCUGUUUAUAUGAUUUGGUUGAUGUUAAAUUCUUUGUAUUUUGAUUAUUGUUGCUUUUGUAUGGGAUCAAUAUAUUGUUGUACAUAUUUCUUUAUUAAUUGGUAUAUUAAUGUCAAACACUGGUUAUGACAGCAGUCAUUAACAUAUAUGGUGUUGUGUUGGUAUGAAAAUGUUAUUUCUUUGCUCUUGUUUCAUCAUCAUCCUUCCACAUUUAUAAGUUUUCUGCCUUUACUUCUGUCUAGUUCUGGGUCUCAGGCUUUGAGUUUUUCCUUUGA